AUAAGUAUUUUAAGUUUAAACCACUACUCUUUUUUUUUUUUUUUCCAUUGCGCGUCUUCGAAGUUAGUCAUGUGUUUUUCAUCAUCAAUUUAGCUGAAGUUAAGUUUAAUCAAUCAAAUCCAUUAAUUUGGUUGGAACAGAUAAAAGAAAAAAGAAAAUAAACCCAACAAUGAAUACCUUCCACUACUACUCUAUAUAUUCCACCUUAAACACAAAACGCAUCAAUCAUCACCUCUCACACAUUUCUGCGUUUUCCUCCAAUGGCUUCCUCCACAUCAUUUUCCCUCCACAGCAAGCUAUUCUCCCGCCGCUUCACCGCCAAUCCGCCCCCGCAUUCUCCGAUUACUCUCCGGAGCUCGCUCCGCAUCUCCGCCGGCUACGCCACCGCGGAGAUAAGCAGGACCGCCUCCCAGGCGGCGUCGUGCUACGACGUGCUAGGGAUCGACGCCGGCGCAACUUUCCAGGAAAUCAAGUCCGCCUACCGGAAGCUGGCGCGGACUUUGCACCCCGACGUCGCCAACAAGGGCGGCGAGACGGCGGACGAGUUCAUUCGAGUGCACGCCGCGUACUCCACACUCUCCGACCCGGAGAAGCGCGCGGUCUACGACAACAGUCUAUCCUGGCGGCGGCGGCCGGCAACGGUGACGCCGCGGGGGCGGUCGUGGGAGACUGAUCAGUGCUGGUAGCGGAACAUCUCCCAAUUUCAUUAUUGGAUCUGUACAUAUAGUUAGUUUCGAGUAAAAAAGUUUAUGAAGAUUUGAUUGACGAUUAAUAGAUCUGUGAGUCAAAUUAAAUUAACAAGCAGUGGAGUAGAUCAUAUUUGUAAUUCGUUCCGCUGUUAUUCUAAUCUUAGCUUAUUAAACAAUACGAAUAUCGCCAAUUCUGUUCGA